AUGUCGGCAUGGCAGAUUUAUUCAUACAAAGACGAUUUAACACUCUCCAAGACAAUGCGAAUUCCAUCGAUUGAUGACCCAGGUGAUGUUUUGGUUGAAGUUCAUGCCUCAAGCGUUAACCCUAUUGACGUUAUGAUGAAGGAUGGAUAUGGUGAGAAGCUAAUCAAUAUGAUUCGCUGGCAGUUAGGGGUGAAGCAUUUUGCUGGCUCUGAAUUUCCCCUCACUUUAGGUCGGGAUUUCUCCGGUGUUGUCACUGCUGUGGGCAAAGAAGUCACCAGAUUUAAAGUUGGAGAUGAGGUCUGGGGAGCGACUGGAGGAUUUCGGCAAGGAUGUCAUGCUGAUUUUUGUCUGGCAUCUGUGAAAGAGGUUAGUCAUAAGCCGAACAAUCUAAGUCAUGUUGAAGCAGCUUCCCUACCCUAUGUUGCCCUGACAACAUGGAGUGCACUGUGUUUGGUUGGAGAGAUUAGACAAAAAAACGCUCAAAGUCACAGGGUCUUUAUUCAAGGAGGGUCGGGAGGCGUCGGGACAUUUGCCAUUCAGUUAAUGAAAGCCUGGGGUGCUCAUGUGACGACUUCUUGCAGCACAGAUGCUGUGCCCUUAGUUGAGUCCUUAGGGGCAGAUGUUGUGAUAGAUUACAAAACACAGAACCUCAAAGAUGAACUCAAAAACACUGAAGGAUUUGAUGUAUUCUUGAAUACAAUGGAAGCUGAAGACUGUAUGGAUUCAUUGAAGAAGUGGUCUAAUGCAAAAUAUGUCACCAUAAAGACGCCUUUCUUGAAGGAUAUUGAUGAUCAUGGAUUUCCAGCAGGUGCCGUCCUCUCAGCUUCAAAACUUGGAUGUAAUCUUUUACAUGGUUUAAAAGAUGGACGAAAUUAUCGAUGGGCUUUCUUUAUUCCUAAUCCUCGAGCCUUGAACACUGUGAAGGAAUUGGUUGAAGCUGGAAAGAUUAAACCAGUUAUUGAAAAAGUGGUCCCAUUUGAAGAAGCACCAGCGGCUUACAAUCAUGUCGGUGAGACUCACAAUCGAGGAAAGACAGUUUUGAAUAUGAAACCAGCAGGAGAAACCUAA